GCUGCAGCUACGUCUUUUCAGCUGAUUUCAGGUUUCCCCGGACAACCGAGUUUGAGCUUCCGGCAUCUCUUCAUCCCCGUAUUCAUCUCGGGACUGGUUUUAUUGCCGGUCUCCCUUCUGCUCAACUCACAGUUCUCAAAGCCGAGUUCUCCCCCCCCCAAACCCAAGAAAUCAAGGAUUUCUUGUUCUUAUAUUACUAUUCAGAUCUCUCGUUACAGUUCCACAGCUUCACUUGGUGCACAUCUCGCUGACCGGAAGGCUUGAUUCGUAAGCUCGAUGAAUAAUCAACGAAGGAAAGAUAUAAAACCGGCAGCAGUCGAGCGUAGAGCAUCAUACUGACUUCCAGCCACUGUCAAUCUUCCAACGAUGACCACCAAAACUACUUUCUUUAUGGCUGGAGUCACCGGUUACAUCGGAGGCACCGUUCUUGAACGAUUCCUAAGUCAUCCAAACGCGUCCUCUUUCCAUAUCACUGCUCUUGUUAGGUCCUCAGAGAAGGCCGAAAAGCUGAAGAAAUUCGGCGUCGAGCCCAUCCUAGGAUCGCUUUCGGACUUGCAGCUGCUCGAGGAUAGUGCAGCGAAUGCAGACGCUGUUGUGGCGAUGGCGGAUUGUGACGACCUUCGUGGGGCGGAGGCCACGCUCCGAGGGAUCAAAAGACGGUUCGAACAGACUGGAAAAGCACCGGUAUUUAUCAACACAUCGGGAACGGGUGUACUCUCGGAUAAUUCGGGAGGCUUGAAAGCUACAGAAACUAUCUACGAUGAUCUAAACCCUGAUCAGAUUGAGACACUCCCGAUCACUCAGAUACACAGACCAGUGGACCUUGCUAUCGUUAACGCGGACAAGGAAGGCUAUGCGAAAACUUAUAUCAUUCUCCCGUCUACUGUUUAUGGCUUGUCUUCGGGAAGGCUCGCCGACGCAGGGAUUCAUAACCGUCAAUCCAUCCAAGUACCGUCUCUCAUUAGUGCGUCUCUUGAUCGCGGACGUGCUGGGAUGGUUGGAGAAGGGAAGAACUUGUGGCCCAAUGUCGAAAUUCAUGACCAGGCUGAUCUUUACCUCAAGCUCUAUGACGCUAUCGUCGAUGGAAAAAACCCGGCUCUUGGUCACGGCCGCGAAGGAUUCUACUUCGGUGCAAGCGGAGAGCAUCUUCUGUACGACUUGUCCCUGCAUCUAGGUGCCGUUCUGGUUGAGUUGGGUAAAGCAACAGAGAAAGAGCCUACCUCGUUCACGAAAGAGGAAAUGGCCAAGUAUUUCGGCAGUCUUGACUUCCUAGGAUCCAACUCUCGUUGUGUGGUAAAUAGGUCUAAGGCCAUAGGAUGGGCUCCAAAGAAGACCACCAAAGACCUGUUUGCAAGCCUCAAGCCUGGGGUGGAGAUGAUUCUGAAGACCGGGUAUUCUCCGUCGUUCUACUUACUUUGAUACUAGCAUUUUUGGAUUAGAAUGUAUAAAUAAAUAGGAAUGAUUGUGACUAC